UUCGAGGUGGUGUACUGGAAGCGGGGAAGUUGUGAUUGAUCAGCACUGAUUCCAUAAGAACCACCAAAUGAUGUCAUAUCCGCCAUAAAGCUUUUAAACCCCCUCUGCAGACAUAAAGUUUUGACCCCGUGCCGUGGAUGCGCUUGUUCAGCAUUGACUGCACGCAGGAGCCCCCGACGAGGUGUAAUGAAGCCCGAUCGCUCCAUCCUCCUCCAUCGCCGGGCAAACAGCAGCAGCAGCAGCGUCCCGUCGUGAAGCCAGCGAUUGCAUUCGCGUCCCGUCCAGGAUGCCCGCCACCGUCGGAGUGCUGGAUUCUUUGCUCCUACUGACGCUCUUCGGCUUGUACCCGUCUAUGACUCUCGGGCCCAGGGAGGGUUGGCAGGUGUACAGCUCGGCCCAGGAUGCGGAUGGGCGCUGCGUCUGCACCGUGGUGGCCCCCGAGCUGAACCUCUGCUCCAGAGAUGCCAAGAGCAGGCAGCUCCGGCAGCUUCUGGAGAAGGUGCAAAACAUGUCGCAGUCCAUUGAAGUUCUGAACCUGCGGACCCAGAGGGAUUUUCAGUAUGUAAUGAAGAUGGAAACGCAGAUGAAAGGCCUGAGAAAUAAAUUCAGGCAGGUUGAGGAGGACAGGAGGACAUUGAUGAGCAGGUACUUUCAGGAGCUGAAGGAGAAGAUGGAUGAGCUGAAGCCUUUGAUUCCGGUUCUGGAGCAGUACAAGACGGACGCCAAGCUCAUCUCACAGUUCAAAGAGGAGAUCCGGAACCUGUCGGCAGUGCUGACGGGCAUCCAGGAGGAGAUUGGGGCAUUCGACUAUGAGGAGCUUCAUCACAGGGUGCUCGGCCUGGAGGGCAGGCUGAGGGACUGCAUGAGCAAACUGACAUGUGGAAAAUUAAUGAAAAUCAGCGGACCAAUAACAAUAAAGACGUCCGGAACGAGGUUUGGGGCAUGGAUGACGGACCCCCUGGCAUCUUCGCGGAGCAACAGGGUCUGGUACAUGGACAGUUACACCAACAACAAGAUCGUGCGUGAGUACAAGUCCAUGGCGGACUUCGUGUCGGGGGUGGAGUCUCGCACCUACAGCCUUCCCUUCAAGUGGGCUGGGACCAACCACGUCGUCUACAACGGCUCCCUGUACUACAACAAGUAUCAGAGCAACAUCAUCAUCAAGUACAGCUUCGAGACAGGCCGGGUGCUAGUGGAACGGCCCCUGGAGUACGCAGGAUUUCACAACGUGUACCCCUACACGUGGGGCGGCUUCUCAGACAUUGACCUCAUGGCCGACGAACUGGGCCUAUGGGCCGUGUACGCCACCAACCAGAACGCCGGCAACAUCGUCAUCGGCCAGCUGGAUCCUCAGAGCCUGGACGUCCUGAAGACCUGGAACACAGAGUACUCCAAGAGGAAUGCCGGGGAGUCCUUCAUGAUCUGCGGCACCUUGUACAUCACCAAUUCCCAUUUGACUGGAGCCAAGGUCUACUACUCUUACUCCACCAAGACAUCAACCUACGAGUACACGGACAUCCCGUUCCAUAACCAGUACUUUCACAUCUCCAUGCUCGACUAUAACGCUCGGGAGAGGGUCCUCUAUGCUUGGAACAACGGCCAUCAGGUCUUGUUCAAUGUUACACUUUUCCACAUUAUUAAAACUGAUGACUCUUAACAUUGUACAUUAUGACAUGAUAAUCAAAUGUGAUGGACUUUUUUAACUAUUUGUUUUUUGCAAAUUGGACAAUAUUUUCAUCUUUAUGGAAGGAUUGUCUUGUCUAAAGUAUUUAUUUUGUUUUAAAGCAGAAGCGAUAGCAUAUUACUACUUGUUCAGAUUAUUGUUCUUUAUAUGUUUCAAAUCCCAGCUGUAAAAUACUUGUUCCUUCAGAGCUCUGAGCUAAAUAAGGAGAAUACUACUCCUCUUGUUUCUUUCAUUUCUGUUGUAAAUUCUCCCUCUAACUAAUUCCUGAAAAAUCAACACAUUUAAAUGGGCCUAGGUGUAUCUUUGAGCAGUUUGCAAUGCGAGAUCUUGCACAAAGAGAUCUUGUGUGGUUUUUGCCCGGGUCUGACUUGGAUACCAUCCUCCAAUUAAAAGUCAUAUUCAGAAUGUGAAACCAAGUAUUAUUUGUGACACAGUGACAUUGAUUGGAUUCUGGUUGGUCAGAAUCAUUAUGUUGACCUGCUUGGCUGUUCCCUGAUUUUAAUGAUGGAAAGCAGCAGUUGGGGUUCUCCCGCAAGUCCUCAUAAAUACUAUCACACUGGUUUGGAAUCUUUCCAGCUGACAGCAACCUGAAUUAUUACUCGACCGGUAACAGACAACACAGUUAAAUAAUGCAUAUCUUUAAAGUCUGCUAUCUGUUUAAAACUCUACAACACCAUUUAAAAUAAACUAGAAAAUAAAUUUAAAAAUAAUUAUUAAAUCAAAUGCCAAUUUAUUUUUAAUUAACUAGGACUGCUGUGUUGGUCAGCUAUUUUGCGCAUAAUGGCCACUGGUAAAAUGUGAAGAGCAGACAUUCCAAAUGGCCUGUGUACCUUCGGGGUGUGUAGCAGCCUGGUGAGCUUCUCUGUCUCUUCUGCUGCCCUGAUGCCCUUCACCAUGCUCACGCAGAAGCUUGUGGUCACAUGAUCACAUGGUCACAUGAUUAACUGGCCAAGGCAUGAUUGGCAGAUUGGACCAUGGGAGUGGGCACCAGUGCUCUUUCUGAUAUCCAUGUUUCCUGCCCCAUACAGUUGAAUUUGACAUCCAAAACCUGCUGGAUUUAGUUUAGCAAGAAAGAGGCUCUGGAAGCUUUUGUGCAUGAAUGUCAAAAGUGUUUGGCUGCAUAUUCUAUUCUGCUAUGUGUGUCAUUUCCAUAUGCUGUUUUCACAGUGAUAUUUUGUUUGGGAGCUUUGUGUUAGUGUUUAACAAACACUGUUUGAGUACUUGGUGACAUGAAAAGCAACAUAUAUACUUAUAUGGAUUUGUGACAAAUCGAGUAAAAAUGUAUAGCACCUCAGCAAUUUAGGUAUGUCUCUGUGAGAGUAAACUGUUAUUAUUAAUAUGUAUGCAGUGAGACUACUUUUUUAAAAAACAUUUGUCUUUAUAUUUUUAUUUCCUUUUAAGAAACCUGUUAUUUUCUCUGUAAAGAGUUUAUUUCUGUUUACAUUAAUAACCAGUCCACUGCAGUAAAUGGAAAAGAAUCACA